AUGGCUUCUCGAAAGCGCUCGUCCAACACUCAAGACUCUGGUGCUGGCUCCUCACUCCCACCCAAGAAAGCCAAAGUCAAUACCGACAAGAACAACAAUGGAAGCAGCUCAAAGGUGGAUUCCAACGGUGAUAAGUACUGGGAAAUCUCCAAGAUGCGACGAGUGACAGUCUCUGAGUUCCGUGGUAAGACCGUGGUAAAUUUACGUGAAUACUAUGAAAAAGAUGGUCAGGAACUACCGGGAAAGAAGGGAAUUUCCUUGCCCAUGGACCAAUUCGCCGCCUUGAUCAAGAUCCUCCCUGAGCUUGAGCAGGCUCUUCAAGAUAACGGUGAAACGCUGCCCAGACCCAUCUACUCUGGAGAUACAGACGAGGACACACACGCCAAAGCCGAUAAGAGUCCUAGCCCUUCCAAGCAGAAUAUCGAGGCUACAAGUGAUGAGGACGAGGAUGAGGAGUGA